AUGAGACUUGGGCUGUUGUUGGCAAUCUGGGUGGCGACGGGAAGUGGAUGCUCGUGGGAUAAUUGCAACCCGAUCUCUAGCGAUUCGAACGUGCUAAACAUUCACUUGGUGUGCCACAGUCAUGAUGAUCUUGGGUGGUUGAAAACCGUCGAUCAAUACUAUGAAAGCGAAGUCCAAUUCAUCUAUGACACCGUGCUACAAGAGGUUGAGAAGGAUCCAACAAGAAAAUUCUCUUUUGCCGAGACGGGCUUCUUCAUGCGAUGGGUGGAAAGCCGAAACGCAAGUAUGCUUCAACGAUGGCAAAAGCUCGUUCAAAGUGGUCAAGUCGAGGCGAUCGGCGGUGGAUGGGUGCAAAAUGAUGAGGCUGCCGCUCACUAUGUGGACAUCAUCGAUCAAAUGACUUUGGGUUAUGAACAUCUAAAAUCCCUCUUCGGUGAGUGUGGAGCACCGCAAGCCGCUUGGCAAAUCGAUCCAUUUGGUCACAGUCGAGAGUUCGCUAAUUUGGUAGCUCAAAUGAAUAUGACUUCUUUGUGGUUUGCGCGAAUCCAUUACCUCGACAGUCAACAACGGCACACACAAAAGAACAUUGAGUUUAAUUGGGUCGGAAACGAUGAGCAAAGAAAUACAAUUCUCACCGGAGUUUUCUACGCUCAUUUAUAUACGCCACCAGAAGGCUUUUGCUUUGAUUCAAGCUGUAACGAUGAAGAGUUGACAGAUGCGAAUAUCGCGCGACGAGCUCUUCGUUUUGUCGAAGAGAUGAGAUUGCGAGCACCACACUACAAAACAAACAACUUGCUGCUCACGAUGGGCAGUGAUUUUCAAUAUCAAAAAGCCGACAAAUGGUACCGAAAUCUCGACAAACUCAUUGCAUAUUUCAAUGCAAAUCCGAGUUUUGGAUUAAAUCUUCAAUAUUCGACACCGGCUUGCUAUGCGAAUGCUCUCCGAUCAGCGAACCCGAUUCUGCAAGCAAAACAGGACGACUUUUUCCCAUAUGCCUCCGAUACACACAGCUUUUGGACCGGUUAUUUCACUUCCCGACCGGCUUUCAAGGGAAUGAUUCGCCAGGCUAGCUCGUAUCUUAAUUUGGGCAAACAGCUCAGCGCUCACUUCAAUUUGAACCAAGAUGCCGCCCUCGAGACGGCAAAAAGAGCUAGCGGACUUGUGCAACACCAUGAUGGAGUGAGUGGCACCGCUAAGCAAGUUGUAACAUACGAUUAUCAACAACGACUGGACAAAGGAAUUCGUCAGCUUGAGAUUCUUGUCAACGAUGCGUUGAACAAAGCCUCUGGAGUCGCCCCACCCCAGUACACUUUGUGUCUUUUGAGUAACGAGACUGUUUGUGAUGUAAGCCAAAAAACCGGAAGCUAUGCAGUUUCCGUUUUCAAUCCGAUUGGAAAAACGGUAAACUCCUAUAUUCGAAUCCCGUUCUUCCACUCAAUUGCCUCCGUCGCUGAUGAUACGGGAAAUGCGAUUAAAGUCCAGGUUGUGCCAACUUUCUCGAUUCCGCCAUUGGCUUCAUCGAGCUCGGCUCCUUGCGAACUCCACGUUCCCGUAAAGCUUGAUCCAGCUGGAUAUCGAACAUAUUUUGUGUCCGGAAGUGGAUUGUCAAGUUCACUUGGAGAAGUGGCUUACCCAGAAAAAGUGAUUCAUCCGAGUGAAGCUGAUACAGUGUCUAUCGAGAAUGAGUACGUGAGCCUUCAAUUCGAUGCAAAUGGUUACUUGACAUCGGUGUUGAACAAAACCUCGGGAAUCAAGCGCAAUUUGAGGCAGGAGUUUCUUUACUAUGAGAGCAGUGCAGAUCCCGCGCAAUCCUCUGGUGCCUACAUUUUCCGUCCAGCUGCUCAAACAACAAAUCCUUUGAGCACAACGGUCAUCAACACGAUUGUUAAGGGUACUUUGGUGCAAGAAGUGCGACAAAAAAUCUCUGAUUGGGCCUAUCAAACAAUUCGACUUUACGGCGGACAACCACAAAUCGACAAGCCAAUCGGAAAAGAGAUUAUCACUCGUUAUACAACGGAUAUCAACAACAAUAAUUUUUUCUAUACGGAUUCGAGUGGACGACAAGUGCUCAAAAGAACAUGGGAUUUCUAUCCCCAAUUUCAAUACGCGGACACGGAACCAAUUUCCGGCAACUAUUAUCCAGUGACCAAUCGAAUCUAUAUGAAAGAUCAGACCAAUCAGCUCACCGUUCUCACCGAUCGUGCCCAAGGAGGAACAGUCAAGAAUGGUGCUCUCGAGUUGAUGCUACAUCGUCGUUGCUUCCACGACGACCAUUUCGGAGUGAAUGAAGCUUUGGAUGAGCCGGGAAAAGACGGGAAAGGAUUGGUCGUUCGUGGCCAACACUGGCUGCUUCUUGACGACCCGAGUAUCGCGGCCUCAACUCACCGUCAGCUCGCUGUCAAUCUUUUCCAUCGACCCAUUCCCGUUUACGCGACUGUUGACGAUCCUGUUUCGUAUCGAAAAACGUUCAAGACUCGAUUCGCCGGCUUGAAGCAAGAUCUACCCGCUAAUAUCAAUUUGUUGUCAUUGGAAAAGAGAGGAAACGAGAUCUUGUUGAGAUUGGAGCACAUCUUUCAAGCAAACGAGGAUGGAACUCUUUCACAACCGGUCACUCUCGAUUUUUCGAAUCUCUUUGCCGGUUUCUCGAUUAAAUCGGUUCAAGAGUUGCUCUUGGGAGCCAAUAAGAAUACGACAGGAACAUCUACUUCUGUGACCUUGAAAGCCCAAGAAAUUCGAACUUUUUCGCUCAAAAUCACUCCAUCGUCGAACUUU